UUGGAUCAGCUGGCUUUGUGCUGCUGCUAAAUUUUAAGCAGAAUUCAGAAUUUCAGACGGCUCGGUUUCAAGGAAUUUACGGUGUCUUUGAUCAGCCCCGGACACAAGGAGCAGCCUGGAAGGACACCCAAGUACCCAAGGCAUACAUAUAUAGCCAAGCUAGCGCCGCCGUGGGUAAAAUGCUGCCGAGUCCGCUGGCGUUGCGAAAUUGUGCAGUGGCGACGGUGACAAAAACAACAAAGAAGCGACGCGCCUCAACUAGAGGAGGAGAGGCUAACGGUAAACGCGAAAUAAUCAAUUAAAAGGUAACGGGAGUCACGGUUUCCGACCGAGAAUCCCAGCAGCAGAAGAUUCCUGCGGCAUCCAGAGGGCCAUCGAGGACGAAACCAAAAGUUGCCUUAACAGCUGCACCACCUGUGCGUGGGCAGGCAGGCAGAGGCGGCAGCGGUCGCGACAGCGCAGCUUUUGGCAGCAGCAGACGAAACCCAGACAACAACAACAACAACGAGUGAAACAGAAACAACAAGAACAACAAAGCAACGAUGGAAAUGCGAGAGGUACUGAGUCGCGAGGGGCGAGAGGCCAAGAAUCUGCUCGUCUACCAGUUCUGCGAUGAGACAACAACGAGCACGAGCGGCGGCGAGGGGGCAGCAUCAGCGGCGGGACCAGCCGGAACUCUAGCUGGAGCUGGAAGCGGAGGCGUACUCUUGAACGGUGACUGUUAUCGCAAACCCCCUAUGGCGCCGCCAAAGUCGCCAAGUGGUGGCAGCGGCACUCCCAAAAACUGCCAGUCGCCCACCACUUCGCCACGACUAAAAUCCACAACGAGCGCCGCAGCAGGCGGAGGCAGUGGGCCACGUGUACGCAGCGCCUCCACAGGCAGGGACAAGAAGUCUGAACUGCAGGCCAGAUACUGGGCCCUGCUCUUUGGCAAUCUGCAGCGAGCUGUGAACGAGAUCUACCAGACAGUAGAGUGCUACGAAAACAUAUCCAGCUGCCAGGAGGCCAUACUCGUGCUGGAGAACUAUGUGCGGGACUUUAAGGCGCUGAGCGAAUGGUUCAAAGUAUCCUGGGACUAUGAAUCCCGUCCGCUGCAACAAAGACCACAGAGUCUGGCUUGGGAGGUGCGCAAGAGCAAUCCCACGCCCCGAGUGCGUACCAAGAGCCUCUGCAGUCCUAAUAAUUCCGGGAAAUCCAGUCCAGCCUUGGUGCUUGGUGGCUCUCAAUCGGGCAAGACCUCUCCAUCCACCUACGAAACGGGCCAGAUCUCGCCCAUGAAGUUACUCCGUGCCUACGAUCAAGUGCCGAAGGGAGCGAUGCGUCUCAAUGUUCGAGAAUUGUUUGCGGCCAGCAAAAGAGCUAACCAAGGAUCCUCGCAAUCGGAUAAUAUGGAGUGCCCGCUGGAUCUCAGCGGGGAUAAGUCCACGUAUUUGCAGCUAAACACACAGUAUUCGCAAACAGAUCUGGAGGAUCCACACCUGACGCUGGCGGAUGUGCGGGAGAAGAUGCGGAGGGAGGCGGAAGAACGGGAGGCGAGGAUCCAGGAGCAGGCAUUAAGCAUUCCAGCACCAGAAAAUACAGAAGAAAUCCCAGACAAACCCAGUGAGACCUCAGAGGAAAUUCCACCAGAAGGCGAGCCUUGCUUACUAGAAGAACAUCGCCCUGAGCCCACAGCUGUAGAUAUGACUGUGGCCUCUCUGGAGAGCAUGGAGAAUGCUUUGCUCCACCAACAGGCCCAAAAGGACCCCACGCCCCCGAGCACACUGCUGAAGCCCCCGACAGAGAAGCCGCAACCCCUGAUGGCCAUCUCAGGAAAUGCGCCUAUUCAAAAUAGUCCCUUGAAGUACUCCAGCGUGCUAAAUCGUCCAGUGAAGAAAGCGGUAGCAAGCGCAGCAGGAGGAGGAACUGGUGCCCCCAAGACAACAACGGGAACAGGAUCAGCAGCAACAGCAACAGUGGCAGGCAAGCCAGGUCAGCUGAAGACAGCUGCUCCCGUAAACGGUUUACGACGCUCCACAAAGCUAGCACCGACUGCUGGCAAGACUUCAGGAAAAACUGGCAUACAGGCACCUCCUCCCAGGCCCUCCAGCAAAACCGAGUGCUAUGGCCCGCCCAACAAUGUGGCCUCCCGUCUGUCGGCACGCUCCCGAACCAUGCUGGAGAUGAAUGGCAAUGGCGCCAGCAAAACCCUGCCCAAGAGAACCUCUACCUCUUCGUUUCUAAGCACGCCCCGGAUAAGAACAACGGCCUCGUCGAGGCUCAGUUCGCGCGAAGACAUGGGCAGUUCCACUUCCACUCUCAAAGCCAGCAACGAGCAGUUAUCGAACUCAAGGAGCACUUUGAAGACCGAGGAACCACAACAUUCCGAGACGAAAAAGCAACUUCAACUGCCCACAGAUGCCAACGAUGGUUGGUUGACGGUGAAGAAUCGUCGAAGGAGCAGCAUGCAUUGGGCCAACAGGUUCAAUCAGCCGACAGGAUACGCCAGUUUGCCAACGUUAGCGCUGCUCAACGAGCAGCAGAGGGAGAAGGAGAAGGAGCAGGAGCUAACCAAGGAGAAGCACAACGUAGAUUCAAGCGCCAGCAAAAUCAUUCCAAGUAAAACAGGAACAGCUACAGGAGAGGCUAAGCCGAAAGCCAAGGCCACUACACUGGCAAAUUCUUCACGGCCAGAAAUCAAAAAUGCCAAGGCCAAGGUCAACUCAUUUCCCGCCCAGAGAAGCUCAGCGGGUCAGAUGAAAAAGACAGAGAAGCAGGACAAGCCAGAGAAGGCAGAUAAGACCGAAAAGAAGUCAGUGACGCCAUCAACAACAGCUCGAAACAAUGGCAAUAAUAGUUCCAUAGGGCGCACGUCCAUCAUCAAAAGACAGAAAUCGGAUCUAACAGGACUGAAGAUGACAUCCUUGCAUAAGGAGUACAUGCGUAGCGAGAAGAAUGCGUUAAGGAAGCUGCAGCAAAAAGAACUGAGCAAUAACCACAAGCAGAGCAACAACAGCAGCUCCUCUUCCGCAGAAACUGUCGUGGAGUCCAGCAACGAGGACCACAACAAGAUCGACAUCAAGAUCCAGACCAACUGUGAGUUCUCCAAGACCAUUGGUGAGCUCUACGAGAGCAUUGCCCGCUGCAAGCUACCAAAUGGCAGUCUCAACAAGCCAAAUGCCACCUCCCUUCUGAGUGCCUGCGAUGAGAAUGAAGAGCAAAUUGCCGACGAUAACGAAGAAGAGCGCAACGAAAGGAUUCUUGUUGAGGUUCAGGAAUCCCUGGAACGGCAGAUUCGUGAGCUAGAGCAAACGGAAAUCGAUGUGGACACGGAAACGGAUGAAACCGAUUGUGAAGUUCAGCUGGAGGAGCAAGAGCUGGGCGCAGGUGGUGAUGAUUCCGCGGUAUUUGUGACCAUGAGCGACGAUGAGAACGCCAGCCUUGAGCUGAGAUAUCAGGCUUUGUUAUCGGACAUGUCGUGGAACGAAAGAGCAGAGGCUUUGGCCACGCUACAAGCCUAUGUGGCCAGGCAUCCAGGGAGAGCGCAGGAACUGCAUCAGAAACUAUCCUCGCCAUCGCGACGUCGCUCUCUGCAGGAAACUCUGAAGAAAUACCAAGCCAAACAGGCGAGGGCUCAGCAAAAACGGAAUCUCCUUCAACAAGAAAAAGCAGCCAAGCUGCAACAACUAUUUGCACGCGUGGAGGACGUCAAGGCAGCCAAAAAGCAACUCAUCGAAGAUAAGCGCCAAAAGAUGCAGGGACGACUCCAAAGGGCAGCGGAGAAUCGGGAGCAGUACCUUCGGCAGAUCAUCGAAAAGGCCCACGAUGAGGAGAAGAAACUGAAGGAAAUCAACUUUAUCAAGAACAUUGAAGCACAGAAUAAGCGUUUGGAUCUUUUGGAAUCCUCCAAAGAGACCGAGGGCAGACUGCAGGAUCUCGAACAAGAGCGACAGAAGAGAGUGGAAGAAAAACUGGCCAAAGAGGCUGCUGUGGAGAGACGUCGGCAAGCCCUCGAAAAGGAACGCCUGUUAAAGCUCGAGAAAAUGAAUGAAACGAGGCUGGAGAAGGAGCAAAGAAUAGGCAAGAUGCAGGAGCAGAAGGAGAAGCAACGUCAGGCUUUGGCCCGGGAAAAGGCCAGGGAUCGGGAGGAGCGACUCCUCGCCCUGCAGGUCCAACAGCAGCAGACCACCGAGGAACUGCAGCGCAAGAUUCUACAGAAGCAAAUGGAAUCCGCUCGUCGGCACGAAGAGAACAUCGAACAUAUACGCCAGCGAGCUUUGGAGCUGACCAUGCCCACCCGGCAAGCGGACGAGGGUCGGGGCGAUCAGGAUGACGGCGAUGCGGAAGAUGGCUUGAACGGGAAUGGCACAAGCACCACGAACGAAGACUGCGAUAUUUCCUCUACGCUCUCGGAUGUGGGCGGAAUCCCUGGUCAUUCGAGAAGCUACAAAAAGAAGAUGAAGAAGCUCAAGCAGCGAAUGAGUCAGUGCGCCACCGAGUAUUUGGAGGCCAUGGAGCCCCUACCCUAUGUAAAGCGUGAUAGUACGGUGCCCAAGCUCCUGAAUCUGGUGGUUAAGGGUGGCGGUGCUCAGGGAUUGGAAAGGGCAUUGGGCAACCUCCUGCGUGUGAUACCCAAGGCCCAGGCCUUUGACUUCCAGGCCUUCCUGUGCAUGGAUGGCCUGGGCAUAGUGGCCAAUCAUGUGAUCAGCAAGGGUCUGCAGGAGAACACCGAUGUCUCAAGGAAAUCUGUUCACCUGGCCGUUCAUGUGUAUAGGAAUGCCUGCUCGGUGUGUCCUCAGAUUGCUCGUCACGCUCUGUUGGGUAAUUCCAUAACCGUUAUGUUCGAUGCCAUCAGUAAGAGUUUUCAGUUACCCGAAGAAAAAUCACCACAACAUCCGGUCGAGUUGUCCACGGAGCUAAUGCUGGCCUGCACCGAGGCGCUGUCCUCCAGUUACGUGAAGAAGAACACCCACCCAAAAGUGCCGGAACGACUGCCGGACAUGAUAAACUACGCUGUGGUCACUGGCCUCAUCGAGAUCCUAUCCCGUCGCAACCAGAAGGUUCGCGAGUCCAUUGAAGACAACCAGAGCGUGAUGCUUGGCCUGCUGACCACCUUGGGCUUCCUCUCCCGCUUCCUUGAUGUCUGCCAGCCAGGUCCUGCGGAUCCGACACGUUUGCUGAGCGCGGCCAGGACCACGGACCUCUUUGGAACCGUUUCCAUGCUCAGUGCCAGCGUGGUGCCCACUGGUGAAUGCAUUCCACCGCGCACGACCGCCUUGGCGGCAUCGACUUUUAAUCUCUACGUGUCCCUGGCCUCGCUGGAUGUGAACACUUUUCAGGAAGCUUUGACCGUCGAGGGCCCUCUGUCUCUGAAGCUGCUGGACGUGAUGAUCCUCAUCCUGAACUGUAGUGUCACGAAUGCCCCCUGGACGAAGAAGAAUGACAACACCACGAUGCUCAUCGAUUUGAUUGCCUCGCUGGCCUUCUUCUGUGUGAAUAAUCGACGGCAUCAGGAUCUGCUCAUCUCGGAGCCAUUUGUGGUGAUCUUCAAGAAUCUGGGCAAGCUGCCGACACAGUUUAAUCCAGUGAUUUAUCCGUUUUUGGUCACCAUGUGCUUUGGCAAUGCGGCGGCCAGGGAGCUCAUCUCCAAGGAUUUCGAUAUGGCGUUCGUUGACGAAUACAGUAAAUCGGAGGUGGCCCAAAGGAAUCAUGUGAUCAAGCUGCUUCCCGUACGUCACAAAGAGAAAAUCGUACCCAGUAACAGCAACAGCAACAAUAACAAUGCCAACAACAAUCCGCAGCCAGGAAUCAAGGGAGAUAAAGGCUGUUAGCUACUUAAAUAUAUCCUAUAGAUAGGAUCGGAACCUUCAACUCGAAGUCUCAACUCUCAAGGUGAUAUUAUUUUCAAAGAAAAUGAAAAAACAACAGAUAGGAAAGGAGAAAACGAACCGAACUCGAAACAUUCGCAAAGAGAUGAACAAGCCAUGGGAUAAUUUGAAAGGGGAAAAAGCAGAAGGCGCACCACAAACAUAUUUUUAAUAUGUAUAAUUUAUGUAAUCUUUAACGUUAACUUAACACUCACAUCAUCAACUCACUCAUUCUCACACACAUUCGCUUAAAACAACACACACAUUCACACACAACCUUAAGUCGAAACUCGCAUAGAUUUUAUACCAAUAAUAUAAAAUAUACUCACUGUAGCUUACGUUUAAUGCUAAAGUAUUAACAUCCCAUUUAACGCUGGCAUUAUAAUCUCACAACUUACACCCACAAUUCACAGUCACAGAGCACUCACUACAAAUUCACAGUUAUCGAAUUAAUAUAAGUUUUUUGGUUCAAAUACAUGCAGAAAAAUAAAAACGGGAAGAAGGAAUGAAAAAUCACAA